GUGAAUAUGUUUUGUACUGAUCUCUCUGAUGAGUCCUAGAAGGCAAAUACCGGUGCAUCUGAUAUAGAUGAAAGCAAAGAAAAGCAAUCAAAUUUCAACCAUGUCCACAUCCUUAAGAGUGAGCCCAUCGGUCCAUGGCUAUCGGUUUGACACAGCCUUGCGAAAGAAAGCUGUGGCCAAUAUCUAUGAAAGCACAGAUCAAGAAUCUCUUCAGAAGCUCUUCAAAAACUCUGGCGACAAGAAAGCAGAGGAAAGAGCCAGAAUCAUACUUGACACUGAUCAGGACUUGGAGGAGAAAACACGAGCAUUAAUGGCACUAAAGCAGAGAACAAAAGACAAACUUUUCCAGUUUCUGAAACUUCGGAAAUAUUCCAUUAAAGUUCAUUGAACUAUCCCAGGAAAAGGGGAUGGAAGAAAAGCUAUAUUUAAAGAACAAGACUGAGUUUGUGAAAUCUUAACAAAUGUGAUAUUCUCCACAACCAUGGAAGCUUCUGACAGGACAAGUGAACCUGAAAAACUGGUCAUAAGUAUUCAAUCCAAUUUUACACACUGCAAAAAGCUUCCCGGAGUGAUUAAAAACUCUCCAAAUGUGAAAGGACUGGUGUCAGCAACAAGAGAACCAGAAAAGCCUACGCAUGAGUGAAAGAAACCAGAACGUUUGGCAAGAAACAUACCCAACGCGCUUCCAAGCACAGAACUAUGGGACAAUGACACAAGCACACAAUGAGACUCAAUUUUCUCAGUAAAUCUGAGGUGAAAGCAGAAUAGAACUUUUUCUUCUAUUUGUUUACUGAUUUCAUCUUUUUUUAAAA